CCAAUUUUGAUAAGAGCAAAACCCUGAUUUUCUUUAGACGACCUUUCCCCCUAAUUUCAAUACUGAAAUGGACCUUGAGAGCGCGCAGGAAUCCUUUGUUCGUUUCCUAGGACAGCUACAGCAAGACUGCAAGAUAGGAUUCUUGGAAUGGGUGUGCAAAGAGUACAGUCCCAGUGCAUUGGAACCAGACCACAUGGACCUGCUGAAGGAGGAAACUGAGGAACCAGAUGUUCUUGAUGAGAUAGCGAGGGACCUUAAGGCAGUUCUACCACUGACGGCACUGUCACCAGGGGAACCACAGUUUAUUCCCGAUGAGGGCUCCUCCAGUGAGAAGACCACCACCCUGCACGUAGACUCGUUCCUCUACCCAGAGGAGGAGGACAUUGACCAACUGUGCUCUCAGCUGGGCAUCAGUAGGAGCUACUGUCUCCACUGUGCCUCAUGGAGAACUGCACCUCUCAAUUUUAUCUCACACUCCAUGUCUCGUGAUGAGGUUCGGUACAUCUUUGGGGAUCUUCUGCCUGACCUGACCGGGAAGACAGUAGUGGAUGUGGGAUCUCGUCUUGGGGCCGCUGUGUAUGAGGGCUUUCUCCACUCCAAGGCAGCCUCUCCGGUUGGCAUAGAAAAGAACGCUUACUUCUGUGAGAUACAGCAGAGGACGGUUACCAAGUACAACAUGGCUGGCAGGGUGAAAAUAGUGUGCUCGGAUGUACUCGAACAGGGACAGCUGUUAGCCUCCGCUGACGUCGUGGUACUCAACUACGUCUUUGAAAUGUUCCGUACUCUGGAGGAGAGAGCCAGGAUAUGGGAGUUUCUAUUCUCAACAGUAAGGAGGAGAGGAACAAUACUCAUCACAGUCACGAGCAUUCAGGACUGCUGGAAACCACUCCCCUUUAAUACCCAGCUGGAGCUGGACUCGUGGGUGGUUGAGAUGGAGACAGGAGCUGAUCCAAGCAACGAAGACCUUACUAACUUACAUCUCUACUGUGUGCUGUGAACAAAAUUAACCAUUGUAUAUAUAAUUAUACCUCCCAAACUAUCAAUUGCAAUUGAAUUCGUAAACAUCAA